ACAUCUCCUCUCUUCCUUUCCUCUCGUCUUUCUUCUGCAUCCAUACACACCAACUUUACUUCCGUGUUUGAGUCUAUCUCUCUCUCUCGAUCUCUGUAUAAUUCGAUUUGGGGAGAGGUCUUUGAGGCAAAGCUGCUUCUAUGCCAUAUUGUAGAGAAAAUGGGAGAGUCUAAGGGGUAUGGGAAAGGAGGACGAGUGAUUCCAAAUGUUAUGUCUUCUUACAACGUCUCUCUUCAGUUGUCUCCAGUUGUUUCUUUUUGGGAUUGUAUUGUCCGCACCAUGAGGUAUUCCUAUAUACCUGAGUGGGUGUAGUAGUAGUUCUCGACUUCCUUCCACCACAGCAGCGAGUUUUAGUUCAGUUAUUUUUAGUUAAAAGAGUUAUAUAUAGUAAGCUAGUAUGGAUCACGCGGUGUGCAAGCAAGUUCAGCCAUUAGCUAGGAAAGGGAAGAGCAAGAAACAUAAUGGUAAAGAUGAGUUCGAUCGUGUCAAACAAGCUGAGAAGAAGAAGAGACGUCUCGAGAAAGCUCUGGCUAAUUCUGCAGCCAUCAGGGCUGAGCUGGAAAAGAAGAAGCAGAGGAAACUUGAAGAGCAGCAGAGGUUAGAUGAAGAAGGUGCUG